AUGCCCUCCACGGGCCUCAUGCCCGCCGGCAUCGAUAGUGACACCGGCAUGAGGCCCCGCAACCGUCGCGGCCAGAGCGGCUUGCUGGCCUCUGGGUCGGCAUCAGCAUCCGCCAUGGGCACCCCGGGGCAGAGCCCUGCAGCCAGCAGAGGAGUCAGCCCUCUGGCCUCACGACUGGCCAACUCCAAGACGAACUCGAGCGGGAGAGCAAGCCCCUCCAAUGGCUUCUCCCGCGGCCUGCUCGACGGCACAUGGGCCCCCAAUUGGGCCUCGGUGCAGGACUUUGCGACGUCCCUGAUGGCUGGCGGUGACACCGGGUAUACGAGCGAGCCAUCCCGGCCCAGCAGUCGCGGCAACGGCAAGACAAAGUCCAAUGGUGCCAUGUCGGGAAGCUGGGGGCCUGCGCCGCCCUCGAGUGCGCGGCCGACACCAGACGACAUUGCUUCUGGCUCGCUGCGGGAGCGCGAGGAGCGCCUGAUGGCGCGCAAGAAGGCCAGCGUGCUUCAGAGCCACGAGGGUGUCAAUGGCGGGCUGGACGUCCUGGGCCAGUACAAGAGGAGGAAUUCAGACGAGACGCCACAGACACAAGUAUCAGAACCUAUUGAGGAGGACCACCUUGUCUAUCUACACCAUGUGCAGCCCACCGACACGUAUGCCGGCAUUGUCUUGCGUUAUCGGUGCCAGGAGCAUGCAUUCAGAAAGACGAAUGGUUUAUGGUCGCAGAGCAACAUCCAGGUGCGGAAGCACCUGCUUAUUCCCGUGGAUGCCUGCGAGGUGAAAGGUCGACCUUGCGAGGCUCCUUCAUACUACUCGCAGCAAGUCGAUCUUCUCGCGGCCACGCCGCAGCCGACAGAGCGGCUCGGAACCUCGCCGAGGGCACAGGAUGUGGUGCACGACGACUUCUUCAGCUCACGAGCAAGGGAGACGGACCAAGCUCAGCAGAACGACCAGGAUAAGCCGAUAGACCCCUGGACGCAUGUUCGGUGGGUGAGGCUCGAUUCGGUACCGGCGCCUGUAGAGAUUGUGCGGGUGCCCAGGAGAGCCACCGGGUACUUCCCUCCCAGGAGAAAGCGCAGUGUCAAUACGGUCUCGACUUUCUCGACCCCUCGGCACUCUCUAGAACUGUCACGGGCGUUGACGAAUGCGUCCGAGACGCAAGGGGACAACCCUAGUCAGACGUCAUCAAGGCGGCAAAGUGCAAUGGGAGCACGACCCACGAUAGGGAGUCUCGGCUCGUCCCCAUCGACGCGAGGCCGAGGAAGCAGCCUCGGCGAGACGGAGAAGGUGCCGGCAUGGAUGCGCAAGCCCGGCGGUGUGGGCUCAAUGAGCAGGAGUGUGCACGCCCCCGGACCAGCAGGUGACUCGCUGAACAGCUGGGUCAACAAAAGACUCCCCGGGUUCAACAUUGACUCGUUGCCGUCCAUGUCAGUCAUGGGAUCCGAGAGCGCGCACUUUGGCUUCACCAAGUCUGGCCAGCCUGGGUCGGGCACUGGCAUCGUAGAGAGCCCCUGGGAAGAUGGCCGGGAUGCUCCAAGCCUGUCAAAAGGCGGGAUGGGGCUCGAGCAGGCUGCUGCAUCUGUCGAGACAUGGCUUCGUGGGGCGUGGCAGAAACGGCCAGCGACGCCGCGCAUGGGAUCGUACAAUCGGCGACCUACGACCCAGGAGGACUUGGACCUCAUCGAGAUGACGGAUACCAAUAGUGACGACGGCCGGUCUGGUGGGACGGGGGGUGCUGGGUCUCGAGGCUUGCUCGAUCAGGGCCUCCAUGGCACAACUGGACUGAACAGCAACCCGGACGGCAACUCAUCGCUGCUUUUACACCACCACAACAACAUCAUGCCAAUCUGCAUAGAAUGCCAGACCCCCGUGCGCACGCUCUGGACCGCGUACCGGGGCUCCUCGCACCCGUCGGCCGCCUCGUCGUCCUCCUCGGGCCACAACAUCCGGCUCACCGUGUGCAAGAACUGCGGCCGCUUCUGCGACAAGUACGUCGAGCACGACUACGUGGUGCUCUUCAUCGACCUCGUCCUCAUCAAGCCCCAGGUCUACCGCCACCUGCUGCACAACACCCUCAUGCGGCCCGAGGGUGACCGCUGGGACAAGAGCAUCUACAUGUUCUUUCUCAUUCUCUGCUCCCUCUCGACACUGGCGUUCCACCUCUCCAUCCGCUUCCUCACCUCGUCGCGCUUCUCCCCGCUGUCCUUCCUCGGCCUGCUCCCGCGCUACCCGCGCCCAAACUCGGUCUCCACCGCGCUCCUCGUGUCCUCGAGCACAAAGCUCUUCCCCAUCCUCAUGGUCGUCUGGGACUACGACGUCCCCGCCGCGGCCCGCAGCCUCGGGUGGGCCGUCGUCGCCAACAACGUCGAGGCCCUCAAGAUCCUGCUCGACUGCGGGUACGGCGUCGCCGUGCUGCUCGCCGCCGCGGGCGCCCUGUCCAGGUGGGUCGUGGGCAGGAGCAUCCUGGCCCUCGCGGGUCUGGAGCACGUCGAUGCCGUGGCCGCCAUGGUCGCCGCCGGAGCUGCUGGAGGUGGUGGCGGUGGCGGUGGAGGAGGUGCAGGAGUGAUAGCACCAAUCGGCGGCAUGACCGGAGGUAAUGGUGGUGGCGCUGGGCUUAUGGACGGGCGAGCCGUCGCCGACUGGUUUGGGCAUUUUAGAGAAUGGGGUGGUCGGCUCGCUGUUGGGUGA